CGCGCCUACUUCCAUAUGGUGGGCUACCCGUUCUCGCUGAAGGUGACGGGACUCCGCUACGAAGACACCGGAAAGUACGUCUGUGUCGUCACCUUCCGAGAUGGCACCGGCCGGAACGCCACGGUGCGCCUUCAGGUCGUCGUGCCUCCGGAGAUGCCGGUGAUCGUCGACGAGUCCGGCCGAAGUCUCCACGGCGCCGUGGGUCCCUUCGACGAACGGAGCCGCCUCACCCUACUCUGCAGGGUCAAGGGAGGAAAACCGUCUCCUAUGCUGUCCUGGAAAAGAAAUGGGAGCUACUUUCCAACCAAGACCCUGACCUCUGUUGCCGGGGAUGUGAAACAAUCCAAGCUAACCCUGCCAUCGCUGCACAGAAACGACCUGAUGGCUACCUACACCUGCGUGUCGUCGAACAACAUCUCGGCGCCCACAGAGGUCUCCGUCACGCUCGAGUUGAACCUGGCACCAAUAUCGGUGCAAAUACGGAAGAGCGAAGCUCCGAUCUCGUCAGGCCUCACUGCCGAGAUCCUGUGCGAAGUGUGGGGAUCCAGGCCGCCCCCGGAGAUCACCUGGUGGAAGAACAGCGACCAGCUCAACCAGACGUUUGUGCACGUGUCUCAGGACGGCAACCUGACCACGAGCGUCGUUGCCUUUUCACCCCAGCGAUCGGACAACGGUCAGAGCCUCGUUUGCCGGGCACAAAAUCCACGCCUGAAGAAUAGUGCCAAGGAGGAUCAAUGGGAACUCAGUGUGCACUACAAGCCACGAGUUCAGCUGGAACUGGCCCGACAGCUGAGUCCCGACAACAUACGGGAACGGACGGACGUCAUGUUCGUGUGUCUGUUAGACGCCAACCCUACCGUGGAAGAUGUCCAGUGGAUCUUCAAUGGACGCCAGUUACGGCCUUCGGGGUUCGACCGGUCGGCAGACAAGGAUCAGCCCCGCAACACUUUGCUCAUCAAGGGCAUCGGCACUGUCCACUCGGGAAACUACUCCUGCCUAGGCGCCAACUCCGAAGGGGUGGGCACGAGCAACGAAGUCAAUGUCCUUGUCAAGCAUACCCCGACAUGCAAGCCCCACCAGCGAGUUGUGUACACGGCUGCCCGAGCGGAAGAAGUGGACGUCUCUUGCGAGGUGGACGCCUAUCCGUCCCUGGUCACAUUCCUGUGGCUCUUCAACUCGAGUCUACAGAGUCACCAAGUAGACGCCGUUCAUUGGAACGGCACCCAGAGUACUGCGCGCUAUGCUGCUCACUCAGGGGACGACUACGGCACCUUGCUCUGUUGGGCAAGGAACGAGGUUGGCCGCCAGGAGGAACCGUGCGUCUUUCUCGUCGUGCCGCAGGGUGCCAGGUUGCAGCUCUCUGAUGAAACCCUACUGACUAUGCUCAUCUCUGCCAUCACCGUGCUCUUCCUGCUGCCCCUCUGCAUCUUCAUAGCCUUGCGGAUGAGGAGCAAGCGGUCCUACGAGCAAGAGGACCCCCAGUCUCCGAAAGGCUCGCACCACCAGCCGGUUGCCAAGCCUUUCGGUGGCGGAGUCGGGGGCAGUGGCGGAAGCAAGGCGGCGCACAGCAACGGCGUGACGAAAAGCGACGCUAACGACUACUGGAUCAGCAGGGAGACGACCACGUAG